UCCGAUAGUUUUAUAUUUAGCUAUUGGUCCCCAUUCAUACGAGAGAAUACUCAUUGAUAUCAACUUGCAAAAUAUUUCAGUGGAAGGAAUUUAUUUUUAAACAGACAUUAAAAAAUAAUAUUAGAGCAUAUACUUAAAUUAACAUUUUAUUUUAACUACCGGGUUUAUUGUUUAAGACGGAUUAAAGCAGUCUUUUAAAUACAAGUCCAACAUAACAAGGAACAAGGAAGACGAAAUACACCGAAUUAAAAAUGCAUACUCAAGUUGAAAGAAGUGCACAGUAUACAAGAACCAUUAAACGUACCAAAAGAUGUAUCCGUAUCACCGCAUGGGCCACAAGAAUACUAGCUAUUCUCAGCAUUGUGUAUUGUAUUGUGGCGUUUGUGACACUGGGAGAAAUUGAGUUCGGAAUAUUACUGAUGGUCACAGCAAUCCUUAGUGUUAUGAGCCCGUUAAACUUCAACUGUUGCUGCUACUCAGAUUGUUCAAGAAACACAAAGACUGAUAAAGCAAUCGGACAUUGUGGUGUCUAUGUGUGGAUGUUUAUGAGCAACAUGGGAUACGUCAUGAUGUUUGGGUACAGCUGGUAUUUCUGGAUAGCAUCCAAAUACAAUAACUACCCCAUAGAUUACACAGAUUAUGAUCAAUAUCCACAACGAAGUCGCUCUUACAACUCAUAUUCCAAAGACAACAAGGCGUUGUUGGACGCAAUAUUUGCAUUUACUUUGAUCAUUACUUUCUUCCUAUCGAUUUUAAAUCUUUACACGUUUUGCCUUGUCUACAAAUACGGUUGUUGCUUCAUGAAUGAAGUGUAUAAGAACUGUUCACAGCAAAACAUUGAAACGGCAGUCGUGAUCAGUCAACAUAUAUCAGCAAGAGGAGGUCUUCCGGUUAAUGGUGUGCAGUUUACAAAUGCUAGAGUUGAUGCUCAGCAGCCGUUUACCAGCACUGGGGUGCAGUACCUUCAAUACCAGCCAUAGCUUGCCGGCCCUUAUUACAUGGCUGCACCUUCCCAGCAAGCUGUUGGUGCAACUGAUACUGUCGGCGUGUCUUUUCCACCAACAAUGACGGUGACAAGUGGACAGCGAAUCAGCCCUCCACCAUACGCUGAAACCGAUCCAAAUGUGAAACCUUUACAGUGAUCGAAUCCCAAUGCUCGUUUCGAGCAAAAUUAAACCGGAACAUGUGACAAUAGAUAUAACUUACAAAGACUCCAAAGUUGAAACAAUGCCAAUGAUUUAAAGAUAUUUAUUAAACAUGCAAAUCUUAUAUUUUUGUUUAAAACAUUGUGAUGGCAAAAACAACAUAUCUGAGGUUUUAUAUUAAACCGAUUAAACGUAAGUUAUUGGUGUUAUACGAUAUUUAAAACAUAGUUGUCAUAUUAUAUACAUAAUAUUUCUACGUUUCUAUAAAGUUAAAUAUAAACAACAUAGUCUUGAAUUGAUCACUGGGUAAGCAAAUAACAAAACAAAAAUGUGUUAUUCUUUAUCUUUCAAUUUUUUGUCAUUUAUUUUAGUACUUUGUAAGACAUGUUAUUGGUAUAUGUUCAAUGUUUAUAUGUUUUGUACGAUUGUUUUCCUUGCUAGCACAUGACUAUAUUGCUUUUGUUUUAUUUAUGUUUUAAAUCAAAACAGUUUCUUUGUAAAUACCUGUUAUGUGGUAUUUGUUCAUGUUUUAUAGUGCUUGUGAUGUUUAUUGAAAUUUCUAUACAAAUAAAAACAACCAUUUUUCUGAUUAACUAUUCUUUAAAGUUGUAUCAAAUUGACCUAGGCGGUGAAAAUUAAUAUUACCACCUUAUUUUUGGAUAUGCCUGAACAAAAAACUAUUGAACUAUCAACUAUUAACAGAGAAUAUUUAAAUUUGUUCUGUGAAAACGUCAGAAAUCAUUUUUAUAUAAUUGUAAAAUAAUGAAUGUACUGUUUAUGCAUUAUAUAGUGUUCUUAAGCGUCACAUGUAACCUUGUUGCACUAUGUAACAUUCGGCCCGCUUUUUAAACAUUGAUCUGACAGUGGUUUCAAUAUUUUUGCGGCCGGUCAAUCCUGUGCCAUACGCGGAAAACUAUCCAAGUGUGAAGCUAUCGCAGUGAACGAAUAAAUAAUCAAUGUGAUGUCAGUUUUAUAUCAAAAUAUUUGUAUUUUUUAUAUAAUGCUCGUGUUUAAGUUUGAUUUCAUUUGUUUUUAUUUGUAUACACAUUAAUUUCUUGUGUUUGUUUCAUAUCUGCAUGUAACCUAUUGCUUGCUAUUAAAACACAUAAUAUGAUAUUAUGAUCAUAUUUAUAUGAAAGCACAGUACUUGGAAAAUCGAUCAGCUUUAAGAAUUGCGUUUUAAAUGAAUUGUUGACAUUUCCCAUUGAUAAAGACUAAUGAACUCACUUUUUAAAGAGCACAUCAUGUCAAACACAUUCAUUUGAUAUUAAGAAAAAUAUUGCGUUUGUAUAAUUAAAAAUGACUUCGGAAAAAAAACUGACAUAACGAACGUUUGGCUUAUUGUCAUCCAAUGUUGCAAUCGUUUUCCAUCAAAGAAAAACAUAUUUCACAAAUGGUUCGAACAUUUGCUUCUGACAAGUUUCGUACUUACCGUUAGAAAAGAAAAUUAAUGCUCAAACAUUUACUUGAAGCACUCACUACUUGAUAAAAAUCGUAUCGGCUUUAAAUAAUUCACGGCUCUCCAUAUGUUUCUUAUCUGUAUUUACCUUCCUUUUAGUGACAUUGUAAUGUUGUAUGCUGUUUCGUAUAUGCUGUAAGAAUUUGGAAUUAUACAAACCGUACAAUGUUUACCUAACAAAACAUGUAAUUAUCAUUGUUCAUGAGUAUGUGAGUGUAAAGUCAUAUAUUGGACAUCGCAGAGAUCUUAAAUAGAGCAUAUUUUGGAAUGGUGUCAUAUGAAAAAAUAUUUUAAGAAUGGUCAUUUCUUAAAAAAUCAAAACCUCAUCAGUUUUUUUCAUGCUAUUGUGGAUACUUAUUGGAUUUUAAUUUAUUUUUACCAAACACCUCUAUUUGGAAUACCCCUUUACUUACUCUCGGACGCCUUAGACGCACAGUUGCUUUCGCCAAAGACGUAGACUGUCAAUGAUACACUUGUAAAUAAAUAGUUCACCAAUAUUUCUAUUUUUAUUAUUAAUUAUUUACUUGUGUUUUAGCGUAUAUAAUUAAUAAACAUGAAAUAAAUUAAUGGAAUGUAUUGAUACUCCAAAUAACAACUAGUGCAUUAUUGCAAUUGAACUGGGCAUGAAUACAUUGAACAAAUUGACCUUAUUACACAG